AUGCUCCAAAUCCUUUGCGAGGAGGUGCGCCAGUGCUCCCCUGUCUGGCGGAAUUCCGCGUUGAUAUCGACUAACAAACCGCAAAGUGACCUCCUGGUUCGCCACGAACGCCUGGUCCAUCAUGCGGAGACUGCGACCGCUAGAGCUGACCAUCGACCUGCUGCAACGGCUGCCGAGCUUCCUCCCUCUCUUCCUCCGCCUGCAGCGCCGCCCGCACCCAUCUCUCAUGAGGAGCGACUAUUAGGAAUCCCCGACCGCCUGCCAAUUCACUCAGCGUCCAUUGCCCGGCCUGAUGCCUCUGCACCAACGACUGCCCAGGUUUUAGACCAGACCCAGUACAAUCCUGCGUGGGGUUACGACUUGAAUUUGCUCUCUCACGCGGCCAGUCACGUUGCGCUCGAAAACCAACAGGAACAGGUGGCACCACCGGCUCCAAAAACGCCGCAGCCACCACUUUUACAUGAUAAACCAGCAGUCGACAGCUAUGGAAUUGAGCCAUCUAUCUUGGACUUGGCCGACCUAGGGGAUCCGGUUCAAGACUUCACGUCUUUUCUCGAGAGUGUGGGAUUCGCGGCAGAUUGGGACUCUGGCAUGUUUGCCGUUGAAACAGAGAAUUUCCUACAGCCUCCAGCACUCCAACUGCAGCCCCCAGUCACACCUCCGCGGUUUAAUCGAGAUAUUAUUCACGAUCAACGUAAUAACGAGGAAGGCAAUUCGUUUUCUAACUUUGGUUCUCGACUUCCGUCACUGCAGCCAGAACCACAAGAGCCGGAGGAACGCAGUGGCGUAUCUGAGGAGAUAUCAAUGCCAAAACCCCCGUGGGAUAUAUCCAAUCAAGACCGCCAGUUAUUGGUCUCAAGACUGGAAGACUUUGCACAAUGCCUUCCAAAGGGGUUCGCCUCUCCAUCAAGACACGCCCUGUCUCGAUAUUUGGCUGGUUAUAUAAAUGGACUAAAUGAGCACCUUCCCUUCAUCCACACCGCCACAUUUUCUAUUUCCCGCUCUCCUCCAGAGCUGACGCUUGCUCUUGCGGCGGCCGGCUCCCAUUAUCGAUUUGAAAAUGCUCGUGGAAUCGAACUUUUUCACGCUUCAAAGGCCAUCCUGCUGGAGAGAAUCCGGCGUCGAGACAACAGGAGAUUACCACAGCAGUGGAAUAUACUCCAAGCGUCAAAUGCAGCCGUAUACAGCUCGCGGGGCUCUUCUGCUGCCCCCAAUCAAGCCGGAAGCCCCUUCCAAGUACCGUUCAUUACACCUUUGGAACAGGGAGCGAUCCUGGACGAAGAUUCCGAAGGACAAAUGGAAAUUAUACGUACAUUUUUACUGCUUACUGUUUUUGCAUCCUGGGAACGACACCCUGAUUUGCUUAGAGAGAUACUUGCUUUACAAAGUACACUCGCGCGGCUUGUUCGCGACCAUGGGCUCACCGACCCUGGACCCCUUCCGGAGACUGCUUCCUGGGAGGACUGGGCUCGUCAAGAAGCCGAUCGUCGGACUAAAUUAAUAGUCUACUGCUUCUUCAAUCUCCACUCCAUAAUGUAUAACAUUCCGCCAUUGAUACUGAAUUCGGAGCUAAAGCUUAACAUGCCAUCGGCGGCGGAUGAGUGGAGGGCAACAACGGCUACCCAAUGGCGCCGUUUGCGUCGACUUCGUGCGAAUACCGAUGUAUCAUUCCAAGAAGCAUUUGCAAAGCUCUUUGUGAAGUCAUCAUCAGCGCCAACUAGUUAUGGCUCCGUCUCGCCUCUCGGAAACUAUGCUCUAAUUCAUGCUAUUAUUCAACAAAUAUUUUUCGCUAGGCAGCUAUGCUUAUCAGCGCCUCUCAUGACGGGCACAAGUUUGCGGCAAGAAGACUUGAUCGCCUUAGAAGCAGCCUUGGGGGUUUGGAAGGCUGGAUGGAGACGAACUCCAGAAUCGAGCAUCGACCCCCAAAAUCCGGCUGGUCCCAUUGCAUUCACCUCUACAGCCUUGCUUGGUCUGGCGUACAUAAGGUUGCAUAUCGACCUUGGACCUUGCCGUCGCCUUGUUACUCAAGAUCCGCAUCAAAUAGCCCAAGCCUUAAAGGACUCUCCGCCCGUGAAACGCCAUCCUAGGCUUAUCAUGGCGCUUCUUCAUUCUGCACAUGCAUUAUCGAUCCCGGUUCGUUUGGGCAUAGAUUUUGUUGCCAGGACCCAUUCUUUCUUCUGGAGUAUUCAGCAUUCUAUAUGCAGUUUGGAAUGCGCGUUUCUCUUGAGCCGAUGGCUGCUUUCCGUCCCUUCGACACAGACUGAGCAGCCACUCUCGGAACAUGAACGGAAAUUGGUUCUCUGGAUUAAGAGCAUGAUGGACGAGACGGAUAUGUCCGGUGAAGUGGAAUCUACGUCUGAACUGGACUUCCUAAAUGAUCCUGUGAAGGUCAAGCAUCUAAGCGUUACUGUAGUGCGAGUCUGGUCAAGAACUUUCAAAGGAAACACAAGUUGGCCGAUUGUUGACCUUAUUGGGUCGAGCCUGGAGCUUUAUGCUGACUUGCUAGAUAUGUGA